UCAAACAAGCACAAAGAAAGCAGGAGAAGAACAUCUGAUUUUAUUUAUCUAUUUACCUAUCAAUAUCUCAUGAAAUUCCACAGAGAGAUGUCUGAUAACUUAUAUUUGAUCACCACAGAAUGACCCCUACCUCUAAUGGGCCACGUAUAAUUCAAAAGUGACGUCGAUUCAAUCCAAAAUAUUUUCGUAAAAUCCUCUGCUCUGCUGACUGCUGUAUAUUUUCGCGUGCAAUUUUACAGUGAAACAGUCGCCAGUGCAGCCGAAAGCACUGUUGAAACUUCGAUUUAAAGUUCUGAUCAGGCCACAUAAAGAAAGAAGAAUUAACGAUGCCAAUUACAAGAGAAAACUUUCUUGGCUUGGGAAGUUUGAAUCUUCCGAUUUUAGGGAAGCAGCAGCAAAACAACAAGGGCAAUGGUGGGCUAAAGCGAAUGGCUGAGAAGUCACCGCCAAUGAAGCAAGCAAAGAAAAGAGCUGCAUUUGGAGACAUCACAAAUAAAGAGAAUGCAAAAAUUGACAACAAAGAUCAAAAGAAAAAGCCAACAAAGCUUGUUAAAAAGACGAUUACUACGCGUUCGCGAAAAGCAAAGAAUAAAUCCAAGGACGAGAUCGAAAUUUGCUCAUCGUUGGAGAGCUCACAGUCCAGCAAAUCGUCCCAGGAGUUGACCAGCUCGCAGAGCCAGGACACUUGCACCAGUUCCCAGAGUUCGCAAGAGGUCAUCAGUUCACAGUCCAGUACGACCUCCAUUGAAUCGCAGAAGAGCGUGGUCGACGAUGACACAGUUGUUUCUAGCCGAGAGGAACCUGCUGAGGAUGCGGUAAAGAGUGAAGAGUCGGAUGGCCACAACUUGGAGAUAAUUGACAUUGACAAAGAGAAUGUCGGUGAUAGCUACCAAUGUCCCGAGUACGCCUACGAUAUAUUUGAAUACUACAAGGAGCGGGAGAUCUCAUUCAUGGUGCAGCCGUACAUGGAAAGGCAGCCGGAAAUCAACAAUUCAAUGCGAGCCAUCGUUGUCGACUGGCUAGUUGAGAUACAGGAGAACUUCGAACUCAACCACGAAACAUUAUACCUGGCCAUCCGCCUUGUGGAUAAAUACCUCGAGAAGAGUGUCAUAAAGCGAGAACAACUCCAGUUGGUCGCCAGCACAGCUUUGUUCAUUGCUUGUAAAUUUGACGAACGUGUUCCUCCCCUCCUAGAUGACUUCUUGUACAUCUGCGAUGAUGCGUACACCCGCGCCGAACUCACAGAGAUGGAGAGGAACAUUUUGAAGAGUAUUGGGUUCGAUCUUGGCAUUCCAUCCUCGUACCGUUUCCUUCGUCGAUAUUCGAAGUGCUGCAAAUGUAACAUGGAGACAUUGACAAUGGGCCGUUUCAUCCUCGAGAUGUCCCAGAUGGACUAUGAAUACUUGACAUACAAGGAGUCCGAGAUGGGAGCGGCCUGUCUCUACCUGGCUCUCAAAAUGAAGAAAACGGGAGAUUGGACGCCCACCCUGAUCUACUACACUGGCUACAAAGAAGAACAGAUCCUUCCUCUUGUCAGGAAACUCAAUGCCAUGGUGGGAGCAACGACAUCAAAGUUCUAUUCAAAAACAAUAAAGACCAAGUAUUCGCACAAAGUUUUCUUCGAGGUAGCAAAGAUGCCUCCUCUGGACAUAUGGAACUGAGCUAGGAAUCACCACGAUGCUGGAUUUCCCCUGUUGGCUCAGGUGGACGAGUAAUCCGUUCAGAAUCAUGCUGUUUUAUUGCAUUUAUCAUGGGUUUAUUCCUGGGUGGGUGAACUGGCCAAAGUUAUUUAAGAACAAUUUUUUUUUGUGGUGGAAUUGAUGUCUCACGAUUCAUUCGAAGCGACCGGAUUUAGUCGUGACGUUUGCAAAAGGACGGCAUUUAUGUCUUUGGCCAGUCCACCAACCAACUCGUCGAUGCAUUUCAAAUUUUUAGAAAUCAUGCAUCAAUGUUUGUGUUGAUUUCAUGAUAUGUUUUAUUUUUUGGAAACAGAUGGUCUUGUCUGACAAGUUGACAACGACGAGUAACAAUGUUGAAAUGAAUUUUGUCAGCUAGGAUUUUAAUUCAGCGGGGCAUUUUAAUCAGUUUCGUCAGAAUGAAUGUUGUACUCCUGUCCAAACAAGCGAUAGUUUUGUGAAAAAAUGUGUUGAGAACCUUUUAUAAAUAACACAUUACUUGAAAAAAUGUGUUUUUGGUUUAAAAAGGAAGUGAUGAUGAAGUUAUUAGAUUCACAUUUACAUAAAAUGAUAGUAAAUUGAAAUGAAAAAUGCAAUGUUGACUGGUCUCAAUAAUUUUCUCCAAACUUUUUAAUGAUUUUAAAACUUAUAGUUAUACGCAAAGCAAUGAUUUUUACACCACGUCUGUUUUUAAGUGUAAUUAUUAGGAUUGUGGGGUUAAAUAUUUUACUUAAACGUUACAAUAGUUUAUAAAGCAGCCGAAGCGUAGAUUGUUAAGUCAUUGUUUUAUUCCUUGGUUGGUUACAGAUUUUCCUAAGUUGGGUGAUAAUAUAUUACUCACACUGGUUCAUCAAAUACAAUAUGUUAGUUUGAGGAGUCAAAACCGAACUGGCAUGAUUGGUUAUCUUACCAGACACAGGGAGGGUGGAUGUGCUCAAACACAGGCAGAAACCAAGAUGUUUGGAAAAAAUGAAGACUCCACAUGAGCUGUGGUUGGUGAGAGAAUCAAAAGCCAUACAUUUAGAGAGGUAUCAAUUUCUGCCUAAUUUUUUUUUUUGACUGCUUCCAUAUUUUGUACUAACCAAAAGCCAUAUGGCUGCAACACGCAAAAGCUACAGCCAAAACAAGGCAGUUUUUUCAUACAUUGUAACCAGGUAUUUUAAAAAGAAAAGGAAAACAUUAACUCAUAACCCAGGGACAUCAUAAACCAGAGGAUGUAUUGAUUCUCACAACCAGAAGACAUUUUGACCUGAGAAUGUUCUGAUUCUCAUUAUAUUUUAACCUGAGGAAAUUUUGAUUCUCAUUUCCCAGGGACAUUUUCACCUGAGGAUGUUUUGAUUCUUAUAAAACCCAGUGACAUUUUGACUCGAGAGUGUUUCGAUUCUAAUUACCCAAGGACAUUUUGACCUGAGAAUGUUUUGAUUCUUCAAACGCAAGGAUGUAUUGAUUCUCAUAACCCAAGGGCAUUUUGACCCAAGUAUGUUUUUACUGGUAUUACCAUGGUAACUGUCGCUGGUCUUUUUUGUGUGUGUAUAAUUGUGAGGAACUAGGUGUUGGAAUGAAACUUGGAAUGUGUGGAGAAUAGCAAGAUUUUGAUAGGCCAGUGACAACCCCUGGGAAAAUGACUGGAAUAAUUUCCAUGCCUGGAAGAAGUUUUGCAGUAAAGGGCAUUGCAAACGAGCAAUUUAUAUCACUGCAGCCUGCGAUCAUGAUUGCAUGUCCCAAAAAUCACUUGUUUGCAGUAGUCAUCUCAGGCGCCUGAGACACGAGUUGGUGAUCGCAACAUUCUGUGAUCAACAUCGGACCUGACGCGUAUUGGCUUUACCCGCGGGUGAGCGAUCUUUUUGUCACAUGUAGCAGCAAUUAUAAUUGAAAGUCGCAGCAACAAAAUCUUGCUCAUUUGCACGUCACUUAAGGAACCCAGUCUGGGUUCUUUGUCAAUAAGAGCUGUAUGCUUCCAAUGCUUUGUACAUUAGUUUAGUAAAACUAGAAAUAAAUAGUGAUGUAGUCUGUUUUU